UGGGAGAGAGGGGAGGCCACUUUUUCUUUUUAUGGUUAACGAAUAAAAAACUAACAGCGGAGUUUUUGUUUCAUGCGCUGAGGACAGAGAGCGACGAGCGUCCGCGUGACAGUCAUGGAGGAGAUCAGUAAUGGAGUCGUACUCUCCACUCACUCCUCUUCCUCCGCCGCGUCCGCUCCAUCGGUGCUGCUGCAAUCCACCUCUCAAAGCCAGAGUCAGGAGAACUCCUCGCCGAUCUUUCAGCACAAGCAAGCGUCCGACUCGCUCAUCCAGGUCAUCGAGAAGCUGAGCAGAAUCGUGGAGAAGCGGCCUCCGCGCCGCUGCACCGCCGUGGGACAGAAGAGAGCGUUCCAGCUGACGUCUCCCGCACGAGGAGGGGGUGAGGACGGCGUGAGGCGGAGCCGAGGAAGCUCUCCCUCUAAGAAAGUAAAGAUCGAGCAGGAGAGCAUCAAGGAGGAGCAACUGGAUUAUAACGAUGUCCUCUCCGGUGACGGCAACAACAACAGCGUGAUGCUGACGGAGGUUUUGGGCUGCCCCCGGCGGACAGUGACGUGCUAUCAGUGCAGCCUGUGCCCCUUCAUCUCCCCGACGCUGCCUCUGCUCAAAGAACACCUGAAGCAGCACAACGAGCAGCACAGUGACCUCAUCCUCAUGUGCUCCGAGUGUCACUUCACCUCCAGAGACCAGGAGCAGCUGGAGGCGCACGUACGACUGCACUUUGACCACCUGAAGAGGACUCCGCCUCCGUCGGACGCGUGCGGCGUCGGGAAGGAAGAGGACGAGGUCACAGGAAGCUCCGUGGACGCCUCCCAGGAGCAGAAGACGACAAAGUGGUACAGCUACGAGGAGUACGGACUGUACCGCUGCCUGAUCUGCAGCUACGUGUGCAGCCAGCAGCGGAUGCUGAAGACUCACGCCUGGAAGCACGCGGGUCUGGUCGACUGCUCGUACCCCAUCUUUGAGGACGAGGACGGCGCUCAAGCUGCGAGGGACGCCCAGGCUGCUGCUAACAGCGCCGUGAGCAGAGAGGAAGUGGUUGUCCUCCCCCCAGCGCUGACGGAUCAUAGCGUGCAGAAGCUUCCCGCGGGCUUCAAACUCCAGCUCUGUGUGCCGCUGAGUGUUGACGGCAAACAGGACGUGUCCAACCACUCCGCUUCUAAUCACGCUCAGAGUCCAAAAUCAGCAGCAGGAGAAGACCGGACCUCCGAGGAGGCUUUAAUGGAGGUGCAGGUGAGGACGGAGGCGGAGACACAAAGACAAGGUCACGCUGUCACGGACAGUUUACUGUCGUCAGCCCAGAAGAUCAUCAACGGCAGUCCAAACGGCUCGGGACGCAUGAACGUCAUCGUAGAACGCCUCCCUUCAGCCGAGGAUUCAGUCAUGGCUGCCAACCCGCUUCUUCUGGACCCUGAUGUGGACAGGGACCAGGAUCUGCUGGGCACGGAGGAGGACACGCUGCACCAUGUGGUCGCUGUGAAGGACUGCGGCGAAGACGCGACUGACGGCGCCUUAAAGAGCAGCUCGCCGAGAGACGAGAGCGUCCCACCAGCCGCACGGAAGAGGACACAUUCAGAGUCUCUCCGCCUGCACUCGCUGGCUGCAGAGGUGCUGGUGGCCAUGCCCAUGAGGACACCCGAGCUCCUUACGUCCAGCACUAAGGGAAACCUGAAGACGGCCCCGUGUCCAAACGUGGACCAGAAGCUGGACACGGGUGGACAAAGGUCUCCACACGCAGGAAAGACGGCAGCUCUGAAGCUUCACAGCAGAGGCAGAGAGAAGGAGUUGGGGAGUCUGGACCUUGAAGAAGAAGAAGAAGAAGAGGAGGAGCCUGCCACCAAAGCUGGCAUCAGCCUGUCGCUGCUCACCGUCAUCGAGAGACUCCGAGAGCGCUCGGACCAGAACACGUCAGACGAGGACAUCCUCAGAGAACUGCAGGACAACGCGCAGUUCCAGAACGGAGACGUGGUCACGAGCAACGGAGCGGCCGGCGGCUACGUGUGCACCAUCCCGGGUAUGGAAGGGUUGGCGGCGCCCCCCGGCGGCGGUCUGGUGGACUACGUCGCCGGGAGUGAGAGGCCGUACCGGUGUCGCCUGUGCCGCUACAGCAGCAGCAGCAAAGGCUACAUCAAACACCACCUGCGCGUCCACAGGCAGCGGCAGCCGUACCAGUGUCCCAUCUGUGAGCACGUCGCUGCCGACAGCGUGGACCUGGAGAGUCACAUGAUCCACCACUGCAAGACCAGGAUGUACCAGUGCAAGCAGUGUCCAGAUGCCUUCCACUAUAAGAGUCAGUUGAGGACUCACGAGCGCGAGCAGCACAGCCUCAGCGGUGACGUGCUCUCUCUCACAGCUGUCACUGAAGCAGCAACCACGGUGGAGGAAGCUGAGCGAGUCACAGACGAAGACUGUGCUCAGCAGAGGACGUACAAGUGCGACGUGUGCGACUACACCAGCUCCACGUACGUCGGCGUGAGGAACCACAGACGGAUUCACAACUCCGACAAGCCUUAUCGGUGCUGCAGCUGUGACUUUGCCACCACCAACAUGAACAGUCUGAAGAGUCACAUGAGGAGACAUCCUCAGGAGCACCAGGCCGUGCAGCUGCUGGAGCAGUACAGGUGUUCUCUGUGUGGUUACGUGUGCAGUCACCCGCCGUCGCUCAAGUCCCACAUGUGGAAGCACGCUGGAGACCAGAACUACAACUAUGAGCAAGUAAACCAAGCCAUUAACGAGGCCAUCUCCCAGAGCAGCAGAGCUCCUCCGAGGUUGCCGGAGUCGUCAGCAGAGCGCCCCACGGUGGCUCAAGCGCCUCAGGACAAAGUCAAGGUCCAAGUGGAACCGACGCCGACGCUCUCCACAGCAGCUGCGGACGUCUCCGCCAGUCUCCACACACACACCUCAGACCCGUCACAGUGGACCGGCGACUCGCCCAGCUCUCGGGAGACUGACUCGCGCGCGGGCCACGCCCCCUUACCGGGCCCCGGCAUGGAGUACUGCGUGCUGCUGUUCUGCUGCUGCAUCUGUGGCUUUGAGUCCACCAGUAAGGAGCGGCUGAUGGAGCACAUGAAGGAGCACGAGGGAGACAUCAUCAGCAUUAUCCUCAACAAGGAGCAGCAGCAGCAGCAGCAGGCUGACGUCCAGCAGAGCCUCCAAACAGAGUGAGACCUGAUGUUUAGCCACAUCCACACGACCAUGUUUUCAUUUAAACUAUAGCUCCACAAAUCGCCAAAAUAGACGCCAAAAUUCAGAAUGCCCUGGUUCCUCUUUUGUUCGUUUUGGGGCUGUACUAUCUUCCUACCAAGUAUCGGGGAAUUUGUGGCUCGGUUUUCACCUCAGGGGGGCGCCCUAGAGCCCUGGUGCAACACACGGGGUUCGGGCACUAUGCCAGUAUAGCAUUUUUCUCCAGCCCGAACCUUCGUGCAGAUUUUUUUUCUUAAAAAUGACCGGAAGAGAUGGAAUAAUAAUCAUGAUCUGAAGGUUCCUCGCACAAAUUAGUGUCACAGCUGAUAUGUGACUUCUUAUCCAAUCAGAAAGUCUCCGUUUUUGACCGUCCAGACUAAGAUUCAGCUCCAGGGUUUUCAAAAUAAAAGCCAGCAGAUGUUUAUGAAAAGUUCAGCUAAAGACUGAAUUAAAUCCACAUUUCCUCUUUGUUUUUUGGAGCUGAAAAAACGUCUGGAACAGAAUUUAUUCAUUUAAAAUGGUGUUUAAAAUCGUGUGGAUGCGGUCUCCGUUUGACCUCUGACCCCCGUGCGCCUGCACAAACCUGCUGUCCACAAAAGUAUUUCAUCAUCUCUCCUGACCUCGAGGUCGACAGUUCCACACACACACACACACACACACAUUUCCAAAAGUUACAGAGUCACGGCUCCUCCUCGUUCAUCUACUGUCCGUGAAAACACCAGUGCUUUUUUUGCUAAAUUUUUAAAUAAAAUGAGUUCGUUUCAAUACGAAAAACUCUAUUCAACUGAUUUAAAAAUGGUUAUUUCCCAUAACUUGAGCAGUUCUGACGCUCGUCACGUUUGGUGUGAACGCACCUUUAAAACGGCGUGGGUGUUUUUUCAGGUAAAGGAAUGUCAACAAAAAAGAAAUAGAACAAAUGUGUUUGCCAUGUUUUUUUUUCUGUCGUUAAACAGGGACAAAGUUCAUACCUCACCAAAACCACACGAUCCCUCAGUUCAGUGUCGCUCAUUUAUUGACUUAUAAAGGCAGCUCUUUUUCUUUCUUUUUUUCUCUCUCUCUUUUGCUACUGUAAUAUUUAACAUAUUUAAUUUUUUAGCCUCGUCGACGAGGAGGUACACGUGUAGACAAAACUCGCAUCACCACAUCACGAUGUCAUAUUUAUCAGCUUCUCGUGCAUGUUAGUUUCCGUUAUGCCAGUUUUAAAGAGGCAAUGUUAUUUGUAUUUUAUAUAUAUAUAUAUAUAUAUUUUGUUAUGAAUGGCUGUAAUUUUACUCGUUGGGUUGUUUAUAAAAGAGAAAGUGACAAAAGAAUGAUCUGAAAUGGAAGUCAAGUCCGUUUGCUUGGAUAUUUGAGAGCAGGUUUUUGGUGCUGUGAGCAGACGUGUAUGAGGGUCAGUGUCGGUAUCGUAGAAUUGUGUUUAUAGUCCACUGAUAUUUGCCACUAAACUAAAACAUAACCAGCUGAAGUCUGUGAUAUGUUAAGAAUGUGUUUGUGGCUUUAUCUCACUGUAUGACUGAUUUUUCUCACUCUGAAAUGAAGUUUGAUAAUCGCUCACUCUCCUGCACCAAAUUCCAUAGAGAACAUCAGCGUUUUAAGCUCGUGGAGACCCAGGAGCUGCUGGUCCACUGCUGCCUCGUGUGGUCACUUUACCCCACUUGAGGCAAUCGAAAUGAAACUUUUUAAACACAGAAUUCACAAUAUAAACCCUUUUGAAUUAACAGAUGAAAGCAGGAGUGGAUAAACUUCUCCUCUGCACUGUGGUGUAAAAUCGUUCAUUUUCUCUAUGGACUUUGGUGUGGGAGAGCGAGUCGUUUACAAAACUAAGCCAACUUCACUUUUGUGUUUGAAUAACGACCACACAAACCGCGUUAAAAAACUAUAACAACGUCAGAAGCGUUUAGUCUGUGCCAUAUGAGGUCAUGUCAAAGAAAUGACCUCCGACAGGAUUUAGGAAGAAUUUUCUUUUGUCUGUUUUUUGUGCCUUUUGGUUGCAGGUUUUAUUCCAGUGAAAAGUUAAAAAGAAAUGAAAUGUUUUAACAACAGGAUCCAUGUUUUAAUGAUAAUUACCGGUCAGUUUGUUGCAGUGGGAGCAAAAAUCAUCAUCUCCUCAGUAGAGACAGGGGUGUUUCAAGGGACUACAGGGCCCCUGGUCCGGGUGUCCUCAGGGGCCUUAGGUUCAAAACCACAGUGAGUGACUGAAGCUUAUUUAAACAGCACAACAAUGUCACCCUUUCUUUUUUAAGUUGUGAUAUAUUUUGUACAAUAAUCAAACUUAACGUUGUAAUUUUCCAGAUUUGCUAAAAAAUAAUUGUUUUCCCUCUUUUCACCAGUAGGGGCGGAGCUAUCUUUUUCCCACCCUGCUGCUUGUUUGGUGGCUAGUAGAUGUUGCUACAGUCGAUGCUGCACUAAAGAGUGCGCCAAAGUCGCUCUUUUCAUGUCCUCACAACAGCUAGCUGCUAAGCCCUGUAGCAUCAAUGCUUAAUGUUAGCAGCCUCCAUAGCCAAACACCAUAACAUUGAUUUUUGACAAUAGCAUACUACACUGCUAAUUUUACCACAUGCUGCGGCAUCCAUGUCUGACGUUAGCAGCUAAUGUUGCUACAUGCUUAAAUGUUAGCAGCUACUGGAACCAGUUUCUGUAGUUGCUAACAUUUGACAUUAGCAGUUAAUUUUGCUAUAUGCUGUGGUGUCAUUCUUAAAUGUUAGCAGCUACCGCAACCAGUUUCUGUAGCAUAAACAUUUGACAUUAGCAGCUACUGUUGCUACAUGCUGCAGUGUCGGUCUUAUAUGUUAGCAGCUACCGCAACCAGUUUCUGUAGCAUAAACAUUUGACAUUAGCAGGUAAUGUUGCUACAUGCUGUGUCAUUGGUCUUAAAUGUUUCCUGUAGCUGCUAACAUUUGACAUUAGUGGCUAUUGAUGGCAGAAGCUGUGGCCUCAGUGUUUGACAUUAGCGGCUACAUUAGCCAGACACCCAUUACUUGUAAGAUAGCAGUCAGCUUAGUUAGCAAAUGAACGUGUUUGAUGCCCUUUAUUGUGGAGUGAAACUGAUCAGAACAUCCAUUUGUUUAGAGAAGAGAAAAAAGUGAAAUAUAAAAUGAUUUCUUUGGCAAAUUUGUUGUAAAAUUGAGUUUGAUUGUUGUGCUAAAUUUAGUUAAAGUUCUGUUCUCACUGUGGGGCCCCGUCUGAGCUCAGAGCCCUAGGCUGUUUCCUCGUUACAGCUUCCCUGGUGAGAACGCGUGGUGUGGACAGAUAAACAACAAACCAAGUAUGUGAAUCGAGUCAUUUUUACUUGUAUUACUGCAAGCUACUUUAGCUCAAUUUGUACAUAUUUCAGCUGAACCUGAAAACUGGCUGUUUUUCUUAAAAAGAUAAAGUAUAUUUUUUAAUAAUUGUAUUGAGGAAAAAAACCAGGUUUUGGAUUGGAUGUAGUGUCUGCUCUUCUUUUACUCCGUGUGUUUUUUAUAAGGGAACUGAAAAAACGAGUCGUGUGAAUCAAAACCAAAGCAGUUUUGUAACAGGCGUAAAUGUAAAUGUGGAAAUGUGUCCGACAACAGCGUGAGCUUUGCUUCAUGUUUAUUUAUUUUCUAGAACACCAUAGGCAGUAUCGUUGUUACUACUUUUGCCAGUGUAUUUUUUGGUAAUAAAGACUGAGUAAUAAUAAUAAUAA